GGUCAAUCUACCCUGUUAUAUCAUAUCCACACUCGCCCGUUUAUAUUCACCGAAACACGCACAGACCCGGACGUGCUAUUCUAAACCCGUUGUGUUAUCUCAUGUUAACUUUUUUUACAAAAUAUAGGACCUUUGAAAACAUGCUUUCACAGGACACUUAAGUUAGGCACAGGGGACGACGGCCAACUCACACAAGCAGCCAGACAAGGCCGGGUCGUGGAUGAUGUGAUUGAGCGUUGUGUUACGGUUCUAUAAACAAUAGUCAACCAUGGACUUUAAACAGUAUACCCGCUGCUUACAACGAUCUAAUUAGUGCACUGUUAAACAAGAAGCAAAGCAAAAGCUUCAUCAACCCACCACUCUCUUUUGAGUACCUGAAGGCGGGCCAACUUGAAGAACCCCAGAUGAAAAUAUGUCACGAACAAUUUCAUGCAGAAAAAGGACCGUGAUCAAACUGUUUGUGUUUGCCAUAGUGAUUAUCAUGACAGGUCUGUAUGUGUUUAACCUGGGAUAUCACGGGCUUGCCACCAAUACUCAUCAGGCACCUGAACACGGCCUCACGACGGAGCCCCAGUUUAAAUAUUUCUAUGGUCCCUCGCGAGUACCAAUGACCUUGGAGAAGGACUUCCCUCAACCUAAAUACGAUAAGAAGUAUUUCAUUUAUGACUGUAGUCAGCAACUUUGUGGAGGACUCGGCGAUCGACAGGAGGGAAUCCUAGCGGCCUAUCUCAUUUCCCAGCUGAUGGGGCGACGGUUUGGGGUCAUUAUGACCAUACCAUGUGAUAUCGCCAACUUUCUGGACGAGAACGAGGCUAAGUGGAUCAUACCGCCGGGUUCUCUGUCUGGUCUGACUGUCACCCCGUACACGCUGCUGGACAGCAGUGCCUGGACACUCCGGGAGAACAUACAUACUAUAGAACUGGAACAACGGUUUACCCAAGAUGUGAUACUUUUUAAAGUCAAUCAAGAAUUUGUGCAAUAUAUCAUGAAACUUCCUCGGUUUCAAGACCUAAAAUGGGCCCAAAAUAGAACAGCGGUGGAUAUAUAUAACAUUGUCCUUCGCCGGUUGUUUAAACUGAAACCCAAAUAUCAAGAACAAAUUGAUAAAUUCCAAACCUCUGUCAGAGCUAACGGUAGGAAACUUGUGUGUGCUCAUAUUCGUCUUCAUCGAUCUUUCGCUGCACACAAAAAAGACUACAUAGAUAUGAUGUGGGCGUUUUUGAAACAGUACAACAACAGCGCCACCUAUCGGGUGUUUGUAUCAACGAACUCAGAGCAGGUGCGGCAAGAGUCACGGCGCAUGUUUCCGGAGGUCUUCGCGGAUGUUGAUGGUCCCUUGGUUCACGUGGACCAGGAUACCGGCGCACAAGCUUGUGAUGGAUUUGGCAAAGUUCUGAUAGAUCAGCAAAUUCUGUCCACGUGUGAUGUCUACCUGAUGACAGACAGCGGCUUUGGGAGGGUGGCAGCCAUGCUACGUGGGACGGACAACAAUCUGUAUACACUAGACGGAAAAGUAGCAUUUAAUAACAGCUUCUUCCCUCCAUACUGGUGAAGCAAUACAAUCCAGGGGAUAUGUCUCUGAACAUUGGCCGUCCUGGCAAAUUUGAUUAAAGUUGAAAAAGCGA